GCCCCGCACGUACGCGCUCCCGCGCAGCGUGCGUCGUGACGCAGCCGGUCCGCCGCGCGAGGAAGUGGCGCUGUUGUUUGAGCGACGGGACCGUCUCGCUCUGUCUCGUGGGUUCGUCUGAAGAGGUUUUACCGUGUUUCGAGUAAUGGCUGCUGAGGUGAAUGGCAGCUCCGGUCUGCUCAAAGAAGAAGAGGAGCCCAUGGAUGUGACGGCCACACACUCGGAGAACUACCAGACGCUGCUGGACGCCGGUCUGCCGCAGAAGGUCGCCGAGAGCCUGGACAACAUCUUCCAGACAGGGCUGGUGGCGUACGUGGAUCUGGACGAGCGGGCGCUGGAUGCGCUGCGGGAGUUUAAUGAGGAGGGAGCGAUGUCAGUGCUGCAGCAGUUCAAGGAGUCCGACCUCUCACACGUGCAGAAUAAGAGCGCCUUCCUGUGCGGCGUGAUGAAGACGUACCGGCAGCGGGAAAAGCAGGGCAAUAAAGUGCAGGAGUCCACGAAAGGCCCCGAUGAGGCCAAGAUAAAGGCUCUGCUGGAGAGGACGGGAUACACUCUAGACGUCACG